AUGUCUGCUUUACUGGAAUCUCCUACCAGCAACGGAAGCGUGGGUCGAAGGCGACAGGCCACAGCUGCUCUUCUGGGACCUAUCCUUUGGCUUGGGGACAAUGAAAUUUACAAGACCUUGCGUCUGGUAAAUACGAAGGACAGAACAUUCCAAGCCGCCAACGUGACCCAACUUCUUUGCGAAGGGCUAGAUCUGGACAAGAAGCAGGUGAAUGAGAAGGGGUCGUCCGGGUGUGGAAAGAUUGGAACUUUGCGCGUCGGUUUGAUUAUACUCACGCGCGCUCGCGCUGUCUUGAAGGAUCUAGGACUCGACCAGGAACUCUGGGGAGAAAUUAUGAAGGGAGUCGUAUUUUUGAAGCAUAUGUCGCCCAUGAAGAACCAGACAAUUACGGCCUGGGAGGCACUUCGUGAAGAACGACCCAACAUCUCCAGCCUACGCAUUAUCGGUUGUCACGGCACGAUGACGAUCCCUGCAGAGGUCAGGAACGUCCGCGUGUGGGAGGAGUGA